UGCUAUUAAUGGAAUUAAUUCCAUUAAUAUCACUAAUAUCAUAAAAGUAAUAAAGGCCACAAAAGAAAUAAAGGCCACAAACAGAAUAAAGGCCAUAAAAGGAAUAAAGGCCAUAAAUGGAAUAAAUGAUGAAGUGAACUUUACAAAUAAG